UGACUGGGAGAGGCGUGGCCUAAUGGUCAACAUUCGCUGCAGUCGAUCGUCGCUGUGUGUGGCUAGACCUUGCCGCUCUGAACAGAUACUCAGACUCCACGUUAUGGAAGUGUGGUUAUUUUAGGAUAAGAAAGCUGAAAAGGUUCAAAGGAAGUUAAGAGAGGGAAAGAAGUGAAAGGUGCAUUCGUAGAGGACAUUAUAGAAACUAUGUUUUGAAAGGUCACUUGGUUUUGAUAGUAGUUUCGGGCAUUGUCGAGAAACGGCCCACUUUUCGUAUGCCCAUGGAUGUCACCAAGUGGCACAUGUCUACUAUAUCUGAAAGUCAAGAAGCCGUCCUUUCCCACCUCUUGUUGCAGUCAGAAAUCUUGGAUCAACAUGACAAUUCUAUUACUGAGGAUGUCGACUGUCGAGACGUGGGGAAACUGAAUGCUUCACUGCGUUGCGCCUUUGUCAGGACAACCCCAGAUUGCAAUGAUACAGACGGAUACAUAAGUUACCUGGAAGGGGCGUUCUGCACAUUCGCCCCACCUCUGUUUCCUCUUGUUAUCAUAUUGUAUGUCCUGUGGCUCCUCUACCUCUUUAUCAUUCUAGCGGUAACCGCAGAGAAAUUUUUUUGCCCCAAUCUGUCUGCAAUUUCUCGCAGCCUCAGGCUUUCACACAACGUGGCUGGCGUCACUUUCCUGGCAUUUGGAAAUGGCGCACCUGAUGUCUUCAGUGCCCUGGCAGCAUUUUCGGAUUCCAGGACAGCAGGACUGGCUAUUGGAGCACUUUUUGGUGCAGGGGUGUUUGUCACCACUGUGGUGGCCGGAGGGAUUGCGUUGGUGAAACCAUUCACAGCUGCGUCUCGUCCUUUUCUAAGAGACAUAGUGUUUUACAUAGCAGCUGUCUUCCUCACCUUCUAUGUUCUGUACCAAGGAACUGUGAACUUGCCAGAAGCCCUAGUCUACUUGCUGCUGUAUCUGACUUAUGUCCUGGUAGUUGUCCUCUCUACUUGGAUCUAUCGGAGGAUGCGUCACAGCGUAUUAUCUGUUCCAAGCCUUCAAGAACCAGAGCUACUGACAGAGUCUGAAGACGAUGGCGUUGCCACUCCUCAUGGCUCGGAGUAUGGAGAUGAAUAUCAGCUCCUAAGCCCCAUCCAGUGCAGCGCCUGGCAGAUCUUUGUCAAUGCUCUGAAUCCAAUAGAUUCUAGAAAAUGGAGAGUGAAGCACUGGCACUGGAGACUCUUUAAAAUCAUAAAGGUCCCAGUGGAAAUGCUGCUUCUCUUUUCUGUCCCUGUGGUUGAUCCAGAUAAAGAAGACCGAAACUGGCAGAGACCCCUGAACUGCCUGCAACUAAUAACAAGCCCCCUUCUUUGUAUAUUCGCUAUUAACUCUGGGAUCUAUGGUCUCUACAGUAUUGAGGGUGUGAUGCCAGUCUGGGCUGUUGUGACAAUUCUUGGAGCUUUGUUGGCACUUCUGGUUUUCUUCACCACAAAGAAUGAGGAACCACCAAAAUAUCACUUUAUCUUCUCCUUUGUUGGGUUCUUGGCCAGUGCACUGUGGAUUAGCGCUGCAGCCAGAGAGGUUGUAAAUCUAUUGCGUACCUUUGGUGUCAUUUUCCGGCUCAGUAACACUGUGCUGGGGUUAACUCUUCUUGCCUGGGGUAAUAGCAUAGGCGAUUUUGUGUCUGAUCUCACACUGGCACGUCAGGGUUAUCCUCGUAUGGCAUUCUCUGCCUGCUUCGGUGGUAUUAUCUUCAAUGUUCUGAUUGGAGUUGGAUUAGGCUGUCUACUACAAAUGGGGCCGAACAAGACGGUGUUACAGCUGGAGCCCCAGGGUCUAUUGGUUUGGAUCCUUGCUGGUGGUCUUGGAAUAAGUCUGAUCUUCUCCCUGAUAUCAGUGCCUGCUCAAUGUUUCCACCUGCGUCGUAGUUAUGGCUUUGCCCUGCUGGUUCUCUAUGCUAUAUUCCUAACUGUGGCCCUAUUAACAGAAUUUGGGAUCAUCAGACUGGCAUCUUCGUGACACAGAGAAGCCAUUAUCUAAGGGAAUAAGCACCUGGAAACUCCAUGCCAAUGAUGCAGGGAUCCUUCUCGCACAUGUCCCUUAUCACUUUAAGCCUUUAAUUGCUGCACUACCAACUCAGGUUACACAUUAUUAACUGUAUUUUAUUUGAACAAACUUAGAAUCAACCAUACAUUCUAAAUAUUUUGAAAGGUCUUCUACUGGAAGGAAAAAGGCACAUCUUGGGUGUGUGUGAUUUUUAUUUUUUUUUGUUUGUUUUUUUGUAAUGCUAAGUAGAUAUAGCAUUUUUCAAACACUUAUUAUUUGUCAUGUUUUUGAUAUUCAUGUGUUUUUACACCCAAGCCACUCAAGGGAGGGCUGGACCCUGUUAAUUUAAAUGAUGAAAUAUAUCGGAAGCCAAACGCACCUUCUGAAACAUCGAACAGUGAGACCUGUUGGAAAAUGCAUACUACAAUAUACUUUUAAAUUUCAUUUUAUUAAUAAAAUAGACUUUUAAUAAAAUCAAGAUUUUAUGGUAUUCUGCA